AUGAAAAUUACUAUUUCCCCACGCUCUGGGAAAUCCCAAAAAUUUCCAAUUAUUCUCGACGUGCCUUCGGACGCAAAAGUCAACCAAGUAAAGCAGGCAAUUCACAAAAAGCUGCCAAAAUAUUACCCGGAUCGUCAACGACUGACGUUUGAUAAUAAACUACUUGAAGAAGACAAAACUUUGGCAGAAUAUGGUAUUCGAGAUGGGGAUACUGUAUUAUUUAAAGAUUUAGGAUUACAAAUUGGUUGGCGAACUGUAUUUAUUAUAGAGUACUUUGGUCCGCUUGUGAUACACCCAAUAUUCUAUUACUUCUCUACCGAAAUUUACGGGAAAAGUUUUGAACAUAGUAAAAUGCAAACCAUCACUUAUUAUUUGGUGUUAAUCCACUUUAUGAAACGCGAAUUCGAAACAAUUUUCAUACACCGAUUCUCGAACGGAACCAUGCCUUUCUUGAACAUUUUCAAAAACUCGGGACAUUAUUAUUUAUUGAGUGGUUUCAACCUAGCAUAUUGGGUCUAUGGUCCGUGGAAUGCCAAAGGUACUGCUGGUGGUGAACGGGAAGAAUGGUAUAUUUGGACUUGUGUUGGAAUUUGGAUUUGGGCACAACUUUCAAACCUAAGCACGCACGUAACGCUUCGUAAUCUUCGUCCACCUGGCACACGUGUCCGAAAAAUUCCGCAUGGUUAUGGUUUCGAAUUAGUUUCGUGCCCGAAUUAUUUCUUUGAGGUUGUUGGUUGGGUCGCUAUUGCGGCAUUAACGAAAUCCGCUGCAGCAUUAUUUUUUGUUGUCUUUGGUGGUGGAAUAAUGUACGCCUGGGCCGUGAAAAAGCACAAAAAUUACCGUAAAGAAUUCAAGGAUUAUCCGAAAAACAGAAAAUCUAUGUUUCCAUUUAUUGCCUAA